AUCUUUAAAAGUGAUGUAACUUAAAACAGUCCAGUGUGAGUUAACCUGCAGGGCCAGCUACGUGUCCUGGGAGUAGAAGUGACUAAGAUCUUCUACCUACAGAUAAGAGUAAUGACAAGAUCAAACACUGGGGUUUCUUGCCGACAGGUACAUGGGAACAAUGUUCAAGGCAGGCUAACGGAAUGGGCUUUUCCCCUUCCUCUUCAGGCUUUGUUGAGGAGGACCAUGGCUGAGCAACUCCUUCCUCAGGCUUUGUAUUUAAGCAAUAUGCGGAAAGCUGUGAAGAUAAGAGAGAGAACCCCGGAAGAUAUCUUCAAACCUACCAAUGGGAUCAUUCAUCAUUUUAAAACCAUGCACCGGUGCACACUGGAGAUGUUCAGAACGUGUCAGUUUUGCCCACAGUUCCGGGAUAUCAUCCACAAGGCGCUCAUUGACAGAAGCGUCCAGGCUUCCUUGGAAAGCCAAAAGAAGCUCAACUGGUGUCGAGAAGUCAGGAAGCUCGUGGCUUUGAAAACCAAUGGUGAUGGAAAUUGCCUCAUGCAUGCAGCUUGUCAGUACAUGUGGGGUGUUCAGGAUACGGACUUGGUCCUGAGGAAGGCCCUCUGCAACACCCUGAAGGAGACAGACACACGGAACUUUAAAUUCCGCUGGCAACUAGAGUCUCUGAAAUCUCAGGAAUUUGUGGAAACGGGACUUUGCUACGACACACGGAACUGGGAUGAUGAAUGGGACAGUUUGGUAAAAAUGGCAUCAGCAGACACUCCUGCAACCCGAAGUGGACUUCAGUAUAAUUCCCUGGAAGAAAUCCACAUAUUUGUCCUCAGCAACAUCCUUAGAAGACCCAUCAUUGUCAUUUCAGACAAAAUGCUAAGAAGCUUGGAGUCGGGUUCCAAUUUUGCUCCUUUGAAAGUGGGUGGGAUUUACCUGCCUCUCCACUGGCCUGCCCAGGAUUGCUACAGAUACCCCAUUGUCCUUGGCUAUGACAGCCAGCACUUUGUACCCCUGGUGACAUUGAAGGACAGUGGACCUGAAAUCCGAGCUGUUCCCCUUGUUAACAGAGAUCGGGGAAGAUUUGAAGACUUAAAAGUUCACUUCUUGACAGACCCUGAAAAUGAGAUGAAGGAAAAGCUUCUCAAGGAGUACUUGAUAGUGAUGGAGAUCCCAGUGCAAGGCUGGGACCACGGCACCACUCACCUCAUCAAUGCUGCCAAGUUGGAUGAGGCUAAUUUACCCAAAGAAAUAAAUCUGGUAGAUGAUUACUUUGAACUUGUUCAGCAUGAAUACAAGAAAUGGCAGGAAAACAAUGAGCAGGGCAGGAGAGGGGCACAUGCACCGAAUCCUGUGGAGCCUUCCACGCCCCAGCUGUCGCUCAUGGAUGUAAAAUGUGAGACGCCCAACUGUCCUUUUUUUAUGUCCGUGAACACUCAACCAUUAUGUCAUGAAUGCUCAGAGAGGCGCCAAAAGAACCAGAGCAAACUCCCAAAGCUGAACUCAAAGCUGGGCCAGGAAGGACUUGGCACCUCCACCUGGAGCCCAGAGGAAACAGCUGGAGGACCUCAUUCGGCCCCACCCACGGCACCCAGCCUUUUUCUGUUCAGUGAGACCACGGCAAUGAAGUGCAGGAGCCCUGGUUGCCCUUUUACAUUGAAUGUGCAGCAUAAUGGAUUUUGUGAGCGCUGCCACAAUACGCAGCAGUUUAAUGCCAGCUACACUGCAGAUCCUGGUAAGUGCCAAGCCUGCCUUCAGGAUGUCACUCGGACGUUUAAUGGCAUCUGCAGUACUUGUUUGAAAAGGACCAAAGCAGAGCCCUCCUCCAGCCUCUCUUCCAGUGUCCUUCCCUCCUGUCACCAACGCUCCAAGUCUGACCCCUCACAACUCAUCCAAAGUCUCACCCCACAUUCUUGCCACCGGACUGGAAAUGACGUCCCUUCUGGCUGCCUUUCCCAGGCAGCACGGACUCCAGGAGACAGGGCGGGGACAAGCAAGUGCAGAAAAGCUGGCUGCAUGUAUUUUGGGACUCCAGAAAACAAGGGCUUCUGCACGCUGUGCUUCAUCGAAUACAGAGAAAAUAAACAGUUUGUCGCUGCUUCUGGGAAAGCCGGUUCCACGGCCCCCAGGUUACAGAACAGCGUCCCAUGCCUGGGCAGGGAGUGCGGCACCCUCGGGAGCACCAUGUUCGAAGGAUAUUGUCAGAAGUGCUUCAUCGAAGCUCAGAGCCAGAGGUUUCAUGAAGCAAAAAGGACUGAAGAGCAACUGAGAUCCAGCCAGCGCAGAGACAUGGCCCGGACCACACAGGGAGCUGCAAGGCCCAAGUGUGCCCGUGCCUCCUGCAAGAACAUCCUGGCCUGUCGUAGUGAGGAACUAUGCAUGGAGUGUCAGCACCUGAGCCAGCGAGUGGGCUCUGUGGCUAACCGGGGUGACCCCACUUCUGAAGAGCCCCCUAAACAGCGCUGCCGGGCCCCUGCCUGCGAUCACUUCGGCAAUGCCAAGUGUAAUGGUUACUGUAAUGAGUGCUUCCAGUUCAAGCAGAUGUAUGGCUAAGCGCAAGCAAGAGGACUGGCCCGGCAAGCAGGGCCUCAAACUGCCAGGCAGAGUGGUGCUGUACUCCAGACCCCUGCCAGAGCGCCAAGGGAGCCUGGGCCCUGGGACUGUGGCUUCGAGUAUCUUUCAGCAAAGGAAGAAAGACAAGCUCUUCAUCAUGGCUGUGACAUUCGGGUUUGGUAACCAAGACUAUGUCCAGGUAGGCUGAGAGUAGACCUCACGACCGGCAAUGCAUGAUGUUAGGUUCAGCCUGAAGCCGUUGCUGCUCAUCUACCAGAAGUCCGGGGAGAUUUUAGACAUGGAAUGCAUGCUAGGACUGGCAAGCAGUUCCUGUGCCCACCUGCCAGGAACUAGGAAACAAAGCACAUGGACAGGUGGGGUAGAGCCUGAGGCCACCUAACUGCCUCCGCCCCCCCAGAAGCCUUUCUCAGAGAGCCAAAGCUGAAUCCUCAGAGCACCAAGGCCCUCCGCCAGAAGCUCGAGGAAGCUCAGGGAAAAAGACGUGGGCAGAGCACAUCUGCAGUCAGUGGGCUUCCCUCCUGCCUGCUUGGUUCCCAAGGUUGUGCAGGCAAGCAGAGCCGCACACAGACUGUGACCCUGAGGCUGCUGAAACAGAACAUGUCCCUUCACAUGGAGACGAAACAAGCUGCUCUUGACUGUAUGCAUACACCUUUUAGACAGCAGUCAUCUUAGGGGAAGACAUGCCACCGCUGGUCAUCAUUGUCUUCUGUUCCAGAGAGAUUAGUUUGCACAGAGGUGUAUAUCAGAGUGUGUACAUAUGUAAUAUACCCUUAUAUUAUGUAUGAGGAAGGUUUUUUUAAAACAUUGAAAUGGUGCCCCAGAGGUAGUAGGAAGACUGAAUAAUAAUAACCUGUUUUCUGGUUGUUGUCAGGUUGCCUCUGUGUAUGCAGUUUGUUAUGUGAAAUUGACAAGCUGCCUCAUUCUACUUUAUUUAUUAUGGACUUCGUUAUUUAAAUGAAGAUUUCUUCUGUAGUAUUCACUUGGAAUAACAUACUUGCUUUCUGCCAUGUUCUAGGAACCUGGCAAAUUCCUGACCUCGGGGUGUGGUGGGCAGUUGUCUGCUCUCUCUACUUGUUGCCUCCCUAGGAAAGAAGGGAUUGCUUUAUGAAUAAAGCCUGUAGAAGCUGAUGCUCCUUAUCCUCGCUGUCCAAGAAGAAAUUGUUAUGUGCCUUCUGUAGAUGCUUCCAAGUAUCCUACCUCUUUGAAGAGUAGAUAAGGAUGGAGUAGGGAGGGACACAGAAAUAUGUGGCCUUUCAUGACCUUUGCUUACUGUGUAAAUGCUGUGUGCCCUUGGAGACUAGAUAGGAAUCCAAGCCUUGGGACUGCAAAGCCAGUAGCCAUGAGGAUGAGGUUUCUGCAUUUGGUUUGUAGCUUUUCUGUGUGCUUUGCACUUGCCUUUGGAGGGAGAUGCAUUUCUCCAGAGGGAAGGGCUGACAUCCUGGGGUCUAACCCAGUACCUAAAGAUGUUGUGAUAUGUAACUCUACAUAGCCUUUUUUCUUCAUCUGAUACUAUCUUUCCCUGACUUAUGUCUGUCUUUUUUUUUUUCAUUAGUUCUUUCAAAGUUAAUAAUCUAAUAUUUUGUGUCUAUUGAUAUUUUCAUUCUUAAUGUGAAACCAUAAAAUUAUUUAUACUUAUUAUAGAAAGUUUGUGAAAUUUGCACAUUUACUUGUCUUUCAUAGGAUAAUCUACUGUUUUUGGACUUCUUCAGAUUGUUUUAUUAAAGAAUUGUAACUUUAAAAAAUAAAUUAUUUAAGAACAAA